AAUAAAUAUAAUCUCCCCGCAACCCGCACACUCUCCACAGCUCCAGACUCCACAAUGAGCAUCGACAGAUCGCCCGCGCUCUUCGGCGACUUGCCAGAUGAACUCCUCAUUCAAAUCCUUGGAGACCUGUCUGCCCGCGACCUCAGCGCCAUAUGUCUUGUCAGCAAGAAGCUGAACAAACUCGCUGAUCCUAUCCUUCACAAAUCCGUCGCAUUCGAUCAUCCAAGACAUCAUGUGUCCUUCUCUGAGUCGCUGGCUCGACGGCCGCGACGUGGUUCUUUGAUUCACGAGGUUCGACUGGAAUAUCCCAGCGAGGAAUUAUCUGAGGUCAUGGCCAUUCCCGAGAGCCCUCAUCCACUCAGGUUCGACCACUUUUCGCACACCAUCUCGACUAUGUCAAACCUGGAGAACUUGGAAGUAUCGGUCCCAGAAGCCUUGUCGCAUGGAAUUGGCAAUCUAUUCAAUGGUCCCUUUGACCUGGCUUGUCUCAAGACUUGCUCUCUGUUCUACCAACGCGAAGAUGGUGGCUACUGGGAUCUCCAAGAGAACAUCCACAUCUUCAGUCAUCCUACCUUGGAAUCGCUUACCAUUCGACGCGCAAAGCUGGAUCAACGUGGAUUCGAGAGUCUCGAGAAGCCCGAGAACACGGCUCUGAAGGAAUUGCAUCUCCUGGAAUGCGAUAUCAAUGAUGAUGCUCUAGCCGAUAUCUUGCUCCAUCCUGAGGCAUUGCAAGAAAUCACCAUCACACAAGUUGCUGACCCUACUCCUGAACUGGAAGAAAGCCCACUUGAUAUCGGAGACUACAUUCUCGCUUUGAGCUCUGCCAACCAUUCCCUCGUCACCAUCACCAUCGACUUCCCUACCUUGGUCGCCAAGCAUGCUUUGAGACUGCGAGAAUUCCAAGCCCUGAAGUCGCUUACCCUUCGAGACUAUCAACUGAUCGGCCAAGGUCAUCCCCGUCUCCAUUCCGUUGGUCUCCCACCGAUUCUCGAGAAGUUGAAUCUGCUCGGUCGCCUUGGCGAAGAUGAGGAGAUUGCUGAAUUGCUGUGUUAUACGCUUGAGCAUACUUUGGCUAGACAACAAUGUACGAUUGCGGUCAGUGAGAAGGAGCAUAAGAUCCCGGUUGAGAUCAUCGAGGCUUGCAAGAAAUCGGAGCAUUUCCAUCUCGAAAUUGAUUGAAGAGGGGGAAGCAACCUUUUUAUAUUCUGAUCGAAUUGUGCAUCAGAAAUAGAAGCGGAAUCAACAUUGUCCUAGUACAGAUUGCGUUGUCAGUAUGGCGGUUGAGCGUUGCUUCUGCGUGCAUUUGAGAUUUACGUACCAACUGCGAGAACCUGUGCAGCGAGAAAUACGGAAGACUAGAGAUGAUAAGACAUUAUAGAGGACACAACAGGAUAGAUGGUCCACUUGAAGAGCGUCAUACAGGAUAACGAGCGCAAAAGAGUGCUUGCUUGUUGAUAGAGGAAUCGAGAUAGAAAGCUAGAGGGGCGAUGAGAUAGAUCAGGAUACAUUAGAUCGAGAGUGUCUAUAGAGGCGUUGGAGAAAAGAUGUAUGAAAUUUAU